AUGGGAACCCCAGCAAGAAAAGCUUUGGAGGCAGCCAUGCUCCGGGUAGAAUGGGCUCUGACCCCUAAAGGAGGAGGGAGCCCUGUGGACGUAUGCAUCCAGCGCUCGCACUGGACACAUACAAUUAAGCUUCUGCUGGUCAGCAUCCCGAAAGGGGGGAGGACAAAAGGCCUGGAGUACGACAGGCCGUGGUGUCGAGGCUGCUCCAGAUCCAGGAGUGCUGCUUUCACCCAGACGGCUGGUCAGGAGGUUGGGAGAUGCGGCUCUGGUGAUGGCGCUCAGGAACCGCUGGCAAACUCAAACCUGCCACUGAGCCAAGAGCUGCCUGGAUAUAUUGCACCUCUGCCUUCUGAGUUGGCCGUUUCUGUGUCCACAGAUGAGCCUCACAGGAAGAGGAAGUGGCAGAGUGGCAGCCAGGAGGAUGAACGUCCGUCCACCUCAUACAGAAGAGCAGCCAAACGCUCCCACAGAGAAGCAUAUGUGAAGGGCCCAUUGCUGGGGCGAGACGGAUUCGGCUCAGUGUAUGCUGGGACCCGCAGGUCUGAUGGACUGCCAGUUGCCAUCAAGUACGUCUCUAAAACCAGGACAGAGAGACUGAAAGUUGAAGGUCAGGGUCGGCUGCCGCUGGAGGUGGCACUGAUGACCCUGGUCAAUUCAGCUCCUGCCUGCCCCAACAUCCUGCAGCUGCUGGAGUGGUUUGACCGUCCCAGACGAUACAUCAUGAUCCUGGAGUGUCCGGUUCCUUGCCAGGAUCUGGAGACUUUCUGUGAAGAGAACGGACGUCUGGACGAGAGCCUGGCCAAGAAAGUCCUGCUGAAGCUGAUCACCGCACUGAAACACUGCGAGAGCCGCGGAGUCCUGCACCGGGACGUCAAACCAGAGAACCUGCUGAUCUCCACAGAGUCACAUGACAUCAAGCUGCUGGACUUCGGUUGUGGAGAUCAGCUAAAAGACUCGGCCUACAAAUACUUUGCAGGCACUCUUCAAUAA